UAUGGGCCAAAAAACGGAUAAAGAGAAGAAAGUAGAAUUAGUAGAAGAAGGCGAAAAACAGCAAAAAAGGCCUGGUUCGGCAUUUAGUCGUGAAUUCCAACCAAUACGAAAUCAAAAUAUUAAUCCUAUUUGGCGAUCACGAGUUGAGCAUGAACAUUCUGUUAAUAAACAACCACAACAAAUAUAUGGUUUUGUGCCCGUAAAAGAUCCUACGCCUGGAUUAAAUACAAAAGCAUCCUUGUAUGGAACUACGAUUAGACCUAGUCCUCAAAAACAAAUCCGAUCACCUCCAGAUAACUUCUUGCAUUCAAGUAAAUACUUAAAUUUUGGAUAUAGAAAUUAUUAUUAUACAGUUUAUGCUCCACCAAAUAUGGUUCGUCAAAAAUGUAAUAAUGGCAAUACACCUCUCAGAGGUCUUCAAAUGCAUCAACAAGAUGUUGGAGUAGCGGAAGCAUCUUUUCAGAAUAAUCAUAUUGGUUCUAGACCUGGAAGUGAUUUGGGAAUGUAUAAAAUGAUGCCAUCUCGCUGUCAAUCUUACACAACCUUGCCUCGUCCUGAACCUGAAAUAAUAGACGAGAUUGUUUAUAACAACAAAAAUCAACAAAUAUAUGGGGGACAUGAAGAGAUACAUUCACAGUUUCGGGCACCUAUUAGAAGUGUCUCACGCUCAAUUAAUUCCAAAAAUCCAUCUAUUAAUUUUUCUCCUUCACACUUUCCCUAUGCUAACGGUGGAUUUGUUAAUCCAACGAAUAUAGAAAAUAAUUUUGAUAUUAAUUGGUCUUCCGAUCAUGAGACAGAAACUAUUCCAUGGAGUACAAUAUCUUUAACUAGUUGGUUAACUAUAGUUUUUGGUUCAGCAAUAUUUUGUUUAGGAGGUGUUCGUCUUUAUUGGCGAGCAGAUUUUGCUAAAGGUCAAGAGCUUUUUUAUGGAAUUUCUGCUAUUUGUAAUGGUUUAGUUGGCUUUUUUGCUAGCCACAAUAAAAGUUUUUCAAUGUUUGUUGCUACUUUUUUGUUAUGUGCACUUAAUGUUGUAUUUAUUUUUGUGCCGUUCCUUUCGGGCAUUCUUCCUCUUGUUCCCUUACUUUCAACAAACAAUAAAUCACAUAUUAGCCUAACAAGUACAAAAGAGCCCGUUGAAGUAGACAUUGGAUUAGCUGUUUUGGCUUUAAUGCAGGCUAUUGGCUACAGCUUUUAG